CGCCCGCGCCGCAGGCUGACGUCAGAGCUCCAGCUACGCGGGGUUCUCAUCUUCGUUUGGCUGCUUUAUGCCGGUGUUGUGGUGGCGUUAAGAGACCUUUUCCUCCAGGUUCUUGGGCCUGAUCUCCGAUUUCACGAUGUACCACAACAGCAGCCAGAAGCGGCACUGGACUUUCGCCAGUGAAGAGCAGCUGGCGCGACUGCGGGCCGACGCCAACCGCAAAUUCAAAUGCAAAGCGGUGGCGAAUGGGAAGGUUCUUCCAAAUGAUCCAGUCUUUCUUGAGCCUCAUGAAGAAAUGGUGCUUUGCAAAUACUAUGAGAAACGAUUACUGGAGUUCUGUUCAGUGUUUAAACCAACAAUGCCAAGAUCUGUUGUGGGCACAGCCUGCAUGUAUUUCAAGCGUUUUUACCUUAACAACUCUGUAAUGGAGUAUCACCCUCGGAUAAUAAUGCUCACUUGUGCAUUUUUGGCCUGCAAAGUAGAUGAAUUCAAUGUAUCUAGCCCACAGUUUGUUGGAAAUCUGCGGGAGAGCCCUCUUGGACAAGAGAAAGUGCUGGAACAGAUUUUGGAAUAUGAACUGCUCCUUAUACAGCAACUUAAUUUUCACCUUAUUGUUCAUAAUCCAUAUAGACCUUUUGAAGGCUUUCUCAUUGACAUAAAGACUCGCUACCCCUUGUUGGAGAACCCAGAAAUGUUGAGAAAAACAGCCGAUGACUUUCUUAAUAGAGUCUCGUUGACAGAUGCCUAUCUUCUAUAUACACCUUCCCAGAUCGCCCUGACUGCUAUUUUAUCUAGUGCCUCCAGAGCAGGAAUUACUAUGGAAAGUUAUUUAUCAGAAAAUCUGAUGUUAAAAGAGAACAGAACUUGUUUGUCACAGUUACUGGACAUAAUGAAAAACAUGAGAAAUUUGGUAAAGAAGUAUGAACCACCUAGAUCUGAAGAAGUUGCUAUCCUGAAACAGAAGUUGGAAAGAUGUCAUUCUGCUGAGCUUGCUCUCAGUGUAGUUACGAAGAAGAGGAAAGGCUACGAAGAUGAUGAAUCUGUUUCAAAGAAACCCAAACAUGAGGAGGUACCCCUUCUAAAACAACCUAACUUGGAAGAAUGGACAGAUGACGACCUCAUAGAUUCUCUCUAACACUUGAAAUCAGUCUGCCAAUGUUAACUCAUCGAGCAAAGAAGGAAGCACAUUUGGUAUUUUUUAUUUUAAAGUGAAAUGAGCAAAAGAAUCUGUAUAUAUUAAACUUUCUAUUUAUGUUCA